GUUAGGGCGAGGGCGGAGUUACCGUUUGCCGGAAAGCUUUCUCAACGAAAACAACAUUAAAGUGAAAUAUUGCUGAUACUGGACGUUUAAAAUAAAACUGAACAACAUUAGUGUCAUUUCGACUUGAGAUGCUAACCCUCUGCUUGUGUUCACAAAUUUGGCUUUUCCUGCUGAGUAUUUACUUUUUUAUUUCUAUGUCUUUAUUUCAGUCAGAAACAGUCAAAAGGUGGAAUCGAGAAAUAAUCUCAAACCUGGCGGUGGGAAUAGACGGAGGGCUGGACCUCUACAUUAUUUAAAAACUGACCGUUUCUUCAGUGACAAACACCAUUUCAAUGAUUUGUUGUUGUUAGCUGAUGCUGUGACCUCCCUUCCAGAAUGGUUGACUUCCUAGCUGAGUUGUGUGACACUGAUCGUUCUAACCCAUUUCCAGUGUGGGACAAUGGUAGCGUUGGGUAUUGCUUCACUCAACUCGUCCUUAAUGUGCUGCCACACACCGCUCUGGCUCUUGCUAGCGCCUGCUAUCUUAAUACCCCUCGGUCUCACUGGCAGAGUUUCACCUGGAGCUGGGAAUGCAGAAUUAUUAUCUCCUUCAUUCAGGUGGCUCUUUUCCUUUUUGAUGUGGUGACAAUCAUCUUUUUUCCAAAUUUAAAAACUCUGUGGCUAGAGGUGCUGGUGGACUCUGUUGCUGUGAUUGCCUGGCUUAUCCAUGGACUAUCAGUGGUUGCGCUCAGUAAGUCUCAGUAUGGCCGCUCGCUGGGUCCAGCAAUAUUGCCUUUCUUUGCGGUCCUGCCAGCCCCUGCAUUAAUUAUCAUUCUGAUAGCUGAUUGCCAGACUCGACAGAUCACAUGUUCCGAUUAUCUUUCCAGCUGGCUGAGAUUCAUUUUGAUCUGUGCAGAAUUAACUUUGCUUCUUGCCUAUCUGGUUGUGCUGGUUGCUUCCCAACCUGGAAGAGAUGAAAUGAGCCCAGAACAGCAACCACUGUUGCAAGAUCAGACUGCAGGAUCCGAAGGAGAGAUUGUGGCUGAAGAUGGAGCCAGCUGGAUCUCUCACCUUUUCUACUUCUGGAUGAACCCUAUCAUGAAGCGUGGCUACAAGUUGCAGAUUAACCAACCCAAUGAUGUUUACCAGUUACCACUGAAACUUAGGACCCAUAAAAUUGAAGAGCAUUUUCAGAAAUGCUGGCAGAAGUGUGUUUUGGAGAAUGCAUCGAAACAGGAAAAGAAACGACACAAAUCAGAAUCUGAUGGUUAUCAGUGUAUUGAUAGCCGUCAGCAGAUUCGCAGGAGUUCUUGGCGUGAGCAGCAGAGGUCUCAGGCACCCCAGAAAGAUGCCAUAUCGACAAAUGAUGACGAGGAAGUGCAUCUGCUCUCCGUUUUGAAUAAAGCCUUUGGCUGUCACUAUUACUCCCUUGGGCUGUUAAAGUUUAUAGGCAGCAUGUUAGGUUUUUCAGGACCUCUUCUUUUAAAUUUGCUGGUUGCUUUCAUGGAGUCGGACACACAGCAAAUGAUCAAGGGCAUCUGGUAUGCACUAGGACUGUUUCUGAGCACUUUUGUGGGUGCCAUUCUUCUCAACCAGUUCAAUUACCGAGUCAUGACCAUCAGCCUGAUGGUCCGUUCGGCUAUAAUAUCUGCAAUCUACCGCAAAUCUCUGCGGGUCAACACAACAACUCUGUCCACAUUCUCCGUGGGUGAGAUUGUUAACUUCAUGAGCACUGACGCAGACCGGAUUGUGAAUUUCUUUCCUAUUUUCCAUGACGUGUGGAGCUUACCCUUUCAGUUUGGUAUCACUCUCUACCUUCUGUACCAACAGGUUGGUGUGACAUGCCUAGGAGGCCUGGUGGUAGGCUUACUACUGGUGCCACUAAACAAAGUCAUUGCCAACAUAAUAAUGGAGAAUAACAAGAAACUUCUAGGACAUAAAGACGCCAGGGUCAAGAUGAUGACUGAGAUUCUGUUUGGAGUACGUGUAAUAAAGUUCUAUACCUGGGAGAAACAUUUCGCUAAGAAAGUGGCGGAGUUCAGGGAGAAGGAGCUCAAGCGUCUAAAAGUCAUCAAGUAUUUGGAUGCAAUUUGUGUUUACAUGUGGGCUGCACUUCCUGUUGUGAUCUCCAUUCUUACUUUUGUAACCUAUGCUUUGCUGGGACACCAGCUAACUGCUGCCAAGAUGUUCACAGCCCUCGCUUUGGUGGGAAUGCUGAUUCAACCCCUAAAUAACUUCCCUUGGGUGUUGAAUGGGAUACUACAGGCAAAGGUUUCCUUGGACCGGAUCCAGCGCUUUCUCCAGCUUUCUGACCAGGAUCUCAGUACCUACUAUAUGGCACGGGAACCAGAGGACCCUGACUCUGCAGUGGAACUGCAUGAUGCUUCCUUCUCUUGGAUUCCCGAAGAAACAACUGGUACCAGGCCUGAAGGCAGUUUGGAGCUCCUUAACCUGAAUCUAAUGCUGAAACAGGGGGAGCUGAUUGGAGUUGUUGGAAAAGUCGGUUGUGGCAAGAGCUCCCUGAUAGCAGCGAUUUUGGGAGAGCUCAACAGGCUUGAUGGGGAAGUGUAUAUCUCAACACAAAAAGAAGGCUUUGGCCUGGCAACUCAAGAACCCUGGAUUCAGUUUACAACUAUCCGGGAAAAUAUACUUUUUGGAAAUAAAUACAAUGCUAAGCAGUACCAAGAAGCGAUUGAAGCUUGUGCACUAUCAGAGGAUCUUAAUAUUCUGCCGAAUGGGGAUCAGACGGAAGUUGGUGAGAGUGGAGUGACCCUCAGUGGUGGACAGAAAGCUCGUGUCGCUUUAGCAAGAGCUGUUUACAUGGGGAAAGAACUGUACCUCCUUGAUGACCCAUUAGCUGCUGUGGAUAAGGAUGUGGCCAAACACCUGCUAGAAGAAUGUAUUUUAGGAGUUUUGAAAGAUAAAACUGUCAUCCUUUGUACACAUCGGACAGAGUUUUUGUAUAAAGCUGACGUGGUAGUGUUAAUGGAAAAUGGAAGAGUUGUAAAGACAGGCACCCCUGAUGAAAUUCUGCCAAAGGUUGAAGUUUACCCAACUACAAAACAAAAGAAAUCAAAAAAGAAAGCUACAGCUGAGAUAAAGAGUCCAAAAGAGGCGGAGCAGGAACCCAAGGAGUUGACACCAGUUGAAGAAGAGCAAAUGGAGAUUCAUAUUGGGCGUGAGGAAGUGAAGAAGGUUGGCGCAGUGUCAUUGAAAGUGUACCGUUCAUACUGGAUGUCGGUUGGCAAAUGGCUGGCAUUUUCCGUGCUUGUAUGUCUAUUUCUGAUGCAAGCCUCUCGUAAUUUGUCUGACUGGUGGCUGUCUCACUGGAUGGCUCACAUGGAGCAUAAGAAUGCAACCGGACAAAGCAGACCUUAUGCAGCUCUCUAUACGCGGCAAUUAAUGCGCUUCAUUCGAUCUCAGUCCAAAGGAAAAAUUUCGCUGCAACUCAAGUUCUUUCUCACCAUCUAUGGCUGCAUUGCUGCCAUAAACACAGUAUUCACCGCAGCCCGAGCUUUUCUGUUCGCCUAUGGAGCAAUUUGUGCCGCAGUGAUUAUUCAUAAUAAACUUUUACUUCAGGUGCUGAAGGCAACAACAACAUUCUUUGAUGUUACACCAGUUGGACGCAUUGUGAACCGUUUCUCAUCUGAUCUCUACUGUGUGGAUGACGCACUACCCUUCAUCCUCAACAUAUUCUUGGCAACUAUAUAUGGUCUGUUUGGGACAAUACUAAUGAUCAGCUACAGCCUUCCCUGGAUUUUACUCGUUUUAGUGCCAUUGGUUAUCCUGUAUUUCUACAUGCAGCGCUACUAUCGCUUCACCUCGAGGGAGCUCAAGCGGCUCACAGCUAUUACACUGUCACCCAUCUAUACACAAUUCUCAGAGACUCUGACUGGUCUCACUACCAUCAGGGCAUCGCGAGCAGUUGCAAGGUUUGAGGAGGAGAAUGCUCGUCGUCUGGAGCUCAACCAGCGCUGCCUUUACACUGGCAACACUGCUGUGCAGUGGCUUGACAUCAGACUGCAGAUGAUUGGUGUUGCCGUGGUGACUUCCAUUGCUAUUAUUGCUGUCAUUGAGCAUGGACUGAAAAGGGGGAAUCCUGAACUCGUGGGUCUUGCUAUGUCCUAUGCACUGUCAAUCACAAAUCUACUCUCUGGUGUAAUAUCUAGCUUCACACAAACUGAAACACAGAUGGUCAGUGUGGAACGUUUGGAUGAAUAUGUCACUGAGAUUCCCAUCGAACCACAGGAGGGGAAUAUUGAGGUUCCUCCUUCUUGGCCACAGCAUGGUACGAUAGUGUUUAAGAAUGUGGUCCUUAUAUAUCGGGAGGGGCUUCCUAACGCACUCGAUGGAAUUAGUCUGAAGAUUAAUGCGGGUGAGAAAGUGGGAAUUGUUGGACGGACAGGCUCAGGAAAAUCAACUUUGUUUCUCGCGCUCUUCCGGAUGGUGGAGUUGAAUAAGGGUCAGAUUCUCAUUGACAACAUUGAUAUAAAAACGGCCAGCUUGCUGGACAUUCGAUCAAAACUGGCUAUCAUUCCUCAGGAUCCAUUCCUGUUCAGCGGAACAGUGCGGGAGAAUCUGGAUCCUCUGAGCCACCACCCAGACAGGGAGCUGCAGUCUGUUUUAAAGGAGUGUCAUCUCCUGGAUGUCAUUCAGAGAAUGGGUGGAUUGGAUGCUGAACUCGGGGACAGGGGGAAGAAUUUAUCCAUUGGACAGAGACAACUGAUUUGCCUUGCGAGAGCACUUCUCACUAAAGCCAAGAUUCUGUGUAUUGAUGAAGCGACAGCCAGUGUGGACCAGAAAACAGAUCGACUGUUGCAGAAGACUAUACGAGAACAAUUUUUAGACAAAACUGUUUUGACAAUUGCCCAUAGAUUGAACACAAUAAUGGAUUCAAACCGUGUACUGGUGUUGGAUGCUGGCAAGGUGAAGGAGUUUGACUCCCCAGCCGUUCUGUCUCAGAACCGCGAUUCCUUCUUCUACAAUAUCUUACGUGCUCCAAGAUAGUUGAGGGAAGAUGGCAGACCCAAGCAGACAUGUUGCCAGUGAACUAAAGCUCUGGGCAGUUUGCGUAUGCUGAACACUUAACUUGUACAGAACAGAGAGUUUGGGAUCCAGAAAGCUCUCAGCACCUUACAUAUUUGGAACAGAACCAGGAAAUUGAAAUGUCACAAUUUCAGGAUGGUUAAUGUUAAGAACCGCAUGAUUCUUGGUUAGUUGGCUUGGUUAGGGUAGAUCUGUGCUUCUUACCUCACUUCUAUAAUUCUGCAUCCUGUACCAAGUGUAAUGAGUGCAAUUCUAGCCUCUUCAACACCAAUCGUCCUACUUCGUUCACUCAACCACUAUCUCACACUCUGAUACCUACAGUUUAAUAUUUCCUCUCAGUCCUUGUCCCAUUUCCAUUCCCCACUGUUCUGUACAGCUUAAUAUUUCGUCUCACCCCCAUUCCCAUUCCCCACUGUUCUGUACAGUUUAAUAUUCCCUCUCAGUCCCUGUCCCAUUCCCGUUCCCACUGUUCUGUACAGUUUAAUAUUCCCCCUCAGCCUGCGGCCCAUUCCCCACUGUUCUUUUUCGUGCAAUAUUUGUUGCAAGUCCCUGUUCUCCUGCCACUGUUCCUGAAAGGAUAUGUUAUCUCCUCACAGCCGUUCUGCUCGGCUUGCUGUUCAUGUUCUGUCCUAUCAUCUUUACUCCUCUGUUUUCAGCUUUGCCUCAUGUUGGUCUUUCCUUUCAUCUGGGUACAUAUUAAACUUUUCUAUCAAUUUUUACUUUCACACUACAUAGCUCAGUCACUGGCAUUGCCUGCUCAUCUUUCUUCCUCUUCACAUUUGUACAGAUCCACUCCAAGGUCUGUCAUCUGAGUGUAUUUGCUGCCUGAGACCAUGGACGCAAGUGUAGACUUUCUAAUGUUUCUCUGCAUUCUGUAUCUCCAGUGAGUCUGUGAUUGACACAUGUACUGACAUUUGAUGAUGAAGAUAUAUUGUGUGAAUCUCUGGAAUUUAAUGAGCUGUUAGAAUGCCAUUUCUUAGUUUGUUGGUGAAUCAGCCAUGAAUUCCCUUGUACUGUAUGAAUAAAUUCAACACUCUUGAGGGUCA